AUGGCUGCGCACGAAUAUAGUCUUCAUUUUCUUGUUAAUGAACUUGUUCGAGCAUCGAAUAUUAAUCUGAAAGGAACAAACCUUGCGCCGGAAGCGAUUGUGGACUAUUUUAAUAAGAAUACCAAUCAGCAGGCGAACACUUACACACCAGCGGAAUUAGCAGAUGCAAAACGAAAAUUAUUCGCAAAUUCUGCAUCAGCAAACGAAUUCGUGGAGCUUUACGAUAGUUUAAAAGCACGACAUGUACGGGAUUUAGAUUCCGUUAUUAUAAUUCUUUCUCAAAUUGUUGAUAAUCACGAAGUACGCGAAUUAGUUAAACAAUCUCGUCCAUUGUCAACAACAAUGACAAGUCCUCAGCAGAAACGUGUUCACAAUCAAAGUCGUACAACAGCAACAGCAACAACAAGUCCUACAUCAACAAUGAGCAAAGUACACUCCGCACAUGUUCUCGCUGAGAUGAAGGAUAAUUUACUUCGACCGACGUCAACCUUAUCACAACCAGGUUCGAUUAUGUCGGAUGGAGAAAUUCGCCGUCGAGCUAUAACACCAUCAACUUCAACGGAAUUUCUUGGUAGACCAUCGUGGCUGAACGAACGACUUCGUCUUCUAUGGGACUUUUAUCCAACACCUGAGAAAUUUGAGCCUGAUGUGGCUAUUGGACGACUUUCAGUUGCUGAACAAGAGGCAAUUAUUGUAGAAGAUCUCCUGUUAUGUAUGUUGGGCAUCGAAGGAAAAUAUAUCAAAACACCCUCACUGACAGAUAAACAAGCUCAACGUUCGUUUCAUAUCGAUCGAUCAUUGGAUGCUACAUUGAGAGAUCUAGCACGACGAAUGGUACCACUCUGCUCAAAUCAUUCAUUAGUCGUACGAUUCAUUGAAGACCGUUUACAAUAUAGAUAUGGUUUAAUCAACCAUGCACUUGCUGGAGCACUGAGAGAAGUUGUUCAACGAUACUAUGUAUUUGUCAGUCAACUCGAAACUCAGCAACAACAAGGUCAAUUAACAUUACAAACCCUAUGGUUUCAUACAGAACCUGUCAUGGAAAUGAUGGAAGUUGUUGCCAAUAUUGUCAGAACGUUAAACAAGGGUAAUACUGUUGGCCGUGCUGUUCUUGAUCUUCUUCAUGAACAAACACUGAAAUUAUCCGGUCAUAAACAAGCAUACGAUAUAUGUUUUUUUCUUGCUAAAUCAGCCUACAGACCGUAUUUAACAAUGCUGGAAACAUGGAUUCACAAUGGUUUAAUUGACGAUCCUUACGGUGAAUUUAUGGUUCAAGAAAACAAAGAUAUUAUUCACCAUGAAAGCAGUCUCGAACAAGAAUUCAAUGAUAAGUUCUGGUCACGUCGUUAUCUCUUGCAACGUAACAACACUCCCAUACUAUUUCAAUCAUCGUCCGAAAUGAUCUUAAACACUGGUAAAUAUCUAAAUGCCAUACGUGAAAGUGCAUUCGAUUUUAUCGACGAUAUGACCAUGGACAUGUCCACCUCGAUACUACGUGUUGACAAACAACUAUUGAUGAACAAUUACAAGAAGUUGGAAUAUACUAUCCACGAGAAAGAUUUGGAAGAAACAUUAGAAGAAGCAUAUAAAUAUGCAAGUGAAAUUUUAUUAGACCUGAUUUUAAACAAAUAUCAUUUAAUUGAACGUUUUCAAACAUUGAAACACUAUUUUCUCAUUGAUAAAGGUGAUUAUAUCGUUCAAUUCAUGGACUCAGCUGAAGACGAAUUGACAAAACGCGCGCGUGAUAUUGACGAAAACAAAAUUCAAUCGUUACUCGAUGUUUCACUGGCAUUAACAUCCGACGAUCAUUAUAAAGAUGACGUACGAAUCAAAAUGUUUCACUAUGACUUGAUAUCGAUGCUUGAACGUGUUAUCAACAUUGAUUCAUCAAUGAAUAUCAACGAAUCAAUGGAACAUAAGCUAACUGGCUUAGAAUCCUUUUCACUCGAUUAUGAUGUUAAAUGGCCAAUUUCGUUAGUGAUCAAUCGAAAUUGUCUCACGCGUUAUCAAAUGCUAUUUCGGUUUUUAUUCUAUAUUAAAUACAUUGAACGUUUAUUGUGUAAUGUCUGGCGCGCGCAUAAGAAUGGCGGACGACGACGACGACGACGUGGUGGAAACAGUCGGGAACGGCGAAAUAUCAUAACCAAACCAAAUGGUGCUGCUUAUCUAAGACAUAAGAUGUUGCAUUUUGUACAAAAUCUUUUAUAUUAUAUGAGUUUCGAAGUGAUCGAAUCGCAUUGGCAUGCCUUUCAAAAUAAUUUAAAAAAGGUAACAAAUAUCGACGAAUUAUUGAAAUAUCACAUUUUAUUUCUCGACAAUUGCCUACGUGAUUGUAUGCUAACCAGUGUACAUCUAUUGCGACAUAUUCACAAAAUCAUGGCGACAUGUGUGAUGUUCGCUAACGCAAUGGACAACGUUGAUGAUGACAAUGACUAUGAUAGUUUACCAGGUGCGGUUGUCGCUAGUUUUAAUAAUAAUUUUACUGAUCAACUUCGGCAACUACUUGAUGCGAUUUCGAAAGAAGAUGGGCCAGCACAUGGCGCGGCCGGUGGCGGACAACAGCACACAUUGACAAACAUUAUUCAUAGAAUCAACUUCAACAAUCAAUACUGUUAG